AUGCCUCAACAUCAAUGUUGCUACUUGCUUUUGUUUCUGUCGCUGUGCAUAGCGCAUGUAGCUGGAAAGUGCGUGUUCACAUUCACGGAAACCACUGGCGCAAUAAUCUGCAGAAAUAUCACGGCUGAAGACUAUGUGGCAGAACUGUUUGCAAGUAGGGCCACCAUCAUUAAUUCGCCUUUGGAUACUAGUGCCAAAAUAUCCAUAGACAUUGCCGAUUCUCUUCUGCCCGUUAUCGACGAUUGGAUUUUCUUGCCUCUAGACGACCAAUUUUCUUCGGUUAGUUGCUUGAAAAUAGUCAAUUCCUCCGUGAGCAACAUUGUAGCCAAGAACUUGUCCAAACUGUCCAUGGUGGAGGUGCUGGAUUUGAGCUGGAACAAUUUAUUAGACUACAAGUUCCUAAAUAAAAUGAGGCGAUUGAGGAUUCUGUAUUUGAGUCAUAGCAAUUUCACUGCCGACAGUUACUUGUUUGCUUACUUACAACGCGUCCAAACCAGAUUUGAGAUGAUUGAUUUGAGUCACAGUAAUUUACAGGAAUUUGAGUUGAGCAGGAAUUCAGUGAGGAAUGUGGAUUUGAGUUUCAAUGCCAAUCUUUCCCAGAUUCGGCUGAAUUUCAGCUCUUUUUAUGGCGCCCUUUUCUUUAACCUCAGUGGGAACAGUGGGAUUGAUAUUAAGCUUGCAGCUUCACGGAAUUUAUUUUGUCUGUCGAUCGAUAUGUCCAAUUCCAGCAAAUCCCUCAACAGCUUGCAAGGGGAAAGAAUUUAUAUUGCACAAGAAAUUCGCCUGACCAACAGCAAUCUGGGUGGUUUGGAUGAGGACCUGUUUAAGUUCCACUCGAUAAUGUCGCUGAAGUGUUCAGGAAGAAUCUCGAUAGACUUAUCCAGCUCAAACCUGUCCAGAAUAUCUCCCAAUUACUUCAGCAGGCACACUUUGAAUGUUCUAAACUUAAGCUUCAACAGUUUGUCGGCUUUAACGGGGUCGGUGUUUAGCAAGGCCGACAUUUUCCAUCUAGAUCUGUCCCAUUCUUCCAUAAUCUCCAUAGAGUCGGGUGUUUUUCAAUAUUUUGUUGCCGGCUUUCUCGAUUUAUCCGCAAACCUCAUUGCUUCAUUGGACGGAGUGUUUGAUCACGUGGAAAGUAUUAAGCGGCUGGAUAUCUCCAAUAACCCCCUUGAAACCCUCGAUGGGGACACUUUUAGAAACUGCCCGGACUUGGAAUAUCUCAAUAUAGCCAACGUUUUUCUUAAGACAUUGCCAGAGAAUCCUUUUUCAACAAUUCCUGCAUUGAGGAGUUUAACAAUCAGUCUCGGGGAAAAUAUGCGCGCCGACCUAAUAAGUAACAUUUAUACAACUGAGCUGACACUGGUCAAUUCAACGUUGGGUAAAUUGAGCGCCGGUCAGUUUGCGGGCUUUUACAAGCUGAGAAAGUUGACGUUUUCUCAAUCUACUGCCUCAGAAAUUGAUGAGUUGGCCUUCCAAGGGCUCUUCAGCCUGAAGAGGAUCAUCAACCUGAACCAGCUGGGGCAAUACGGCAUCAAACUAUUCCAGUCCUUGACCUCGUUGGAGCAGUUGGACUUAUCCAACCAGGACAUUAAGAAACUCAGCACUGAACUGGCUGAUUUAUUGUCGCUGAAAAAGCUGAAUCUCUCCAUGAACUCCAUUUCCUCGUUGGACGUUGACGCAUUCGGUGCAAUGAAGCGACUGGAAGUGCUUUCUUUGGCCCACAAUGAACUCUCUGUUCUAAACGUGGGCGUUUUCCGCCAAUUAGCACUAAUGACCCAUUUAUACCUGAACAACAACCAACUGCAACAGUUGCCGGCUGGCAUAUUUGCCGCUCUGGAUAGUCUCAUCCUACUGGAUCUUUCCCAUAACGAUCUGUUGCGAAGCAAGCCACAUUUGGUGUUUGGCGUAUCGAUGCCCAAGCUCACAUUUCUCUACUUGCAAGGCAACCAAAUUGGCCACGAGUAUGGUCAGGGCGACAAUGUGUUAAGGCGCAACGAACUGAAUCUUAUCGCCAAUCACAUUGGCCUGGAGUAUGUGGAUAUCAAUGCAAAUGAUUGGCGAUGUCCAACUCUUAUUGAUGUUUUGCUGAUGUUUCGCAAUAGGAAUAUUUCAUACCAUCCAACUAGUCCCGAUUAUUUGAGCACGAAUAUUAAUGGAGUAAGUUGUGGAUAGGAGUUCUUCAAAUGUUCAGGGUGGUGGGAUGUCAGCGAAAUGCACAUGUUUUGCAGAAUAACUGGAAACUCCAGGGGAUUUUAAUAUAUUUUGAAUCUUGUGUCAUUCCCACUGUUGACGCCUUAGAUCAUCUUGAUGCUUCGGUCGCAAUUGGACUCCUCCGGUCCUCAAAUAUUCAGCAGCUACACAACUCAUCUCCAGCCUAGAGCAACAUCAAGAAAAUAAUAGGUGGAAACCAAAACCCUGCAAAUAAAUAAACUUACUUUUGUCCAGGAGGAA